AAGAAUGAACAAGAUUGAUUAGGAGGUUACAAAAAAUCCUAAAUGCGUGUGUGUAAAAGAGAAUUUGUUAAAUAAUAUUUUGUAAGAGAAAGUUGUCGUUUAUUUCAGAUUUCCGAGAGUAAACAACAAAAAAUAUUGUGGCCAAGAUAAUAUUUGUUAUAUUUUUUCCAAAGUAAAAAGUUCAGUUUUUACCAAGAUUCUGCGUCUAUCGCAAAUAUGGCCGUCCUGUAAUGAUUCGGUCGUCAGUGAUAUUAAAGUAAUUUUAUCAUGCAAAAUUUCAAAAUGGAGCUGCGCGUUGGUAAUAAAUACAGAUUAGGUCGUAAAAUUGGCUCUGGAUCCUUUGGAGACAUUUAUUUGGGAACCCACAUAGUAACAAGGAAAGAGGUAGCCAUUAAGUUAGAAUGCAAAAGGACAAGACACCCACAGUUGCACAUAGAGAGUAAAUUUUAUAAACUUAUGCAAGGGGGUGUUGGCAUUCCUGCUAUAAAAUGGUGUGGCUCAGAGGGAGACUACAAUGUCAUGGUCAUGGAGCUGCUGGGCCCUUCGUUGGAAGAUCUGUUCAACUUCUGUUCCCGUCGUUUCUCCCUCAAGACUGUGCUCCUUCUAGCAGACCAGCUCAUCACACGCAUUGAGCACAUACACUAUAAGAACUUCAUUCAUAGAGAUAUUAAGCCAGACAACUUUUUAAUGGGCCUCGGCAAAAGGGGAAACUUAGUAUACAUUAUAGAUUUUGGACUAGCCAAGAAGUACAAAGAUGGACGCACCAAUCAACAUAUCCCAUACAGAGAAAACAAAAAUCUGACUGGCACAGCAAGAUAUGCAUCAAUCAACACCCACUUAGGCAUAGAGCAGUCCCGGCGCGACGACCUGGAGUCGCUGGGCUACGUGCUCAUGUACUUCAACCGCGGCAGCCUGCCGUGGCAGGGGCUGAAGGCGGCCACCAAACGGCAGAAGUACGAGAGAAUAUCGGAGAAGAAACUGUCCACACCGUUUGACGAGCUGUGCAAAAAUCACCCGAUCGAGUUCCAGCUGUACCUGAAAUACUGUCGACGAUUGCGCUUCGAAGACCGACCGGACUACGGGCACCUGCGUCAGCUGUUCCGCAUGCUGCUGUACAGACAGGGCUUCACCUAUGACUACGUGUUCGAUUGGAACAUGCUCAAGUUUGGUGAGAUACCCUCAUUGUCUUGACACUUCACAUGUUAGCACUUCGAGCACCGACCGGACUACGGGCACCUGCGUCAGCUGUUCCGCAUGCUGCUGUACAGACAGGGCUUCACCUACGACUACGUGUUCGACUGGAACAUGCUCAAGUUUGGUGAGAUACCCUCAUUGUCUUGACACUUCACAUGUUAGCACUUCGAGCACCGACCGGACUACGGGCACCUGCGUCAGCUGUUCCGCAUGCUGCUGUACAGACAGGGCUUCACCUAUGACUACGUGUUCGAUUGGAACAUGCUCAAGUUUGGACUGCCGCGCGGCUCGUUUCCACCGCUCGACCGCACGCUCAGGCGACCCGAUCAAAAUCAAGAACAGGAAGAAACUAGCCCGGCGCCGGCCGCCACGGCGCAGCCCAGCGCCGCGGUGGCGGCCAUCUCGGAGUGGCGGUGAGGGGGCGGGGAGCGCCCCGCGCGCGCCGCCGCCGCCCGCCGCGCCACCCGCUCAUUCCUUCGCCGACAUUCGACGCGAGCGGACGUCGCCCGAUGAAUGUUCAAGUGUUUAAACUAAGGAGAAUCAAUUUUGUACGCAUUCAUGUUAAACGUUCAUAUAUAUUGUAAAUUAUUUUUAGGCAAAUCGACGAGUGGGAGACUCGGUCUCGUUGCGAUGUGAUUCCUUGAGCGUAGCGCAUCCGUUGUACUUCAUGCUCAGUUGUAUGUUAGAUGUUAAGUGUAACUUGAAUAUGUGAACAGUUGUAGCGUGUGUGUGUAUUUGUCGAUUUGUCUCGUGUCUAAUUGCAGUGUCGGUUAGAGGAGGUUCUAUUGUGUCCGUGGACGUUCGCGCUGUUUGAAAUAUACAUUUGACAAAUGCAUUUAUUUGACAAAAUCCGGCUUUCUGUAUACAAUGCUGUAUAAAAAUAUAUAUUGAAAUAUGUCGAGUGAAACCCGAUGCCUCGUAUAUAUUUUUUGUGCCAACAAAUGUACUAACAUGUUUUUGUCUAUUAUAUUGAUAUUAUAAAUCUGCUCACUUUAGUAACCAUUUUUUAUUUCGUAUUGUUGGGUGGUUCACGUGCAAUAAUAAUAAAAAUAAUAUGAAUUUGUAUUGAUUGUCUUCCAUAAUUCAGCCUCAAUGAUUGCUGUAUAAAAACUUGAACUAACACGAGUGACAGUGGAUUUUAUUUUAUAUCUUUCGAUUGAUUAAAUUAUUUUAAUUUUACAUAAAUUAUAUUGACAUUAUUUUAGUGUAAAUCGAUAAAAUCUUUUUAAUGUAAACUACUAAAAAUUUUAAAUAAACAAAAUUAUCUGUUUUAUGCCUAAGCUUUUAUAAGUAGUGGUAUUUUUUGUGCUAAUUUCCUCAUAACAUGUUGACAUGGUUUUGGGGUCCUUAUAUUAUUUACAUCAAUAUGUAUUAAUAUAUACAUAUUUCGUGAAAGUUUUAAAUGUAUGUUCGACCUAAUACAAAUUAAAGGUCAUUUCUCCAAAUAAACAAUUUUAAAUAUGAUUUCGGUCUUGAGCUAAAUAAUAAUAAAGACCAUUGUUUUUUUGACACAAAUUUCCAUUGUUUUUUUAUUGUUUAUGGUAUUUAAAACAUGGUAGUGUAGAUUGCUAAAAAAUCCUCGAUUCAGCAUAUCGUCAGUUCAAAACGUCCAGCCACUGCCAUAGUUUUUAAUUAGGUAAGAAAAUCUGAUGAAAUGAAAUAGUUAGUUCUGAGUUAGAAUUUAUAGAUUUUCAUACAGAAGUAGUUAUUGGUUCGGUUUUGGUGGAAGACAAUGCGAACUUAUAAAUCCUCUAUAUGACCGUAUAUAACACGUUUCUAAUACAAACGUUCUGUCCGUGUGCUGUAAAGCUGGGUAUACAUAUGUUGACUGUUAAAUUCACUAAUAUUACACACAUAAAGUAGGGUAUUAAAUAUCUCAGUUCGAUCCUACCUACUUACUAUAAAAUUUAUUACAAUAUUUUUUUAAUAACAUGAGUUAUAAAUUGCAACAUAUAUUUGCUGAUGGCAAAACUAUUUUAAUGUUAGUUGGAGUUUUAUCCAUUUUUAAGCAUUCACAUUAUUAUUAAUUGGUAUACAAUUUGUAGUUGGUUGUAUAUGUUUUUUUUUUUAAAUAUUAUUGUUGCAGUUCGCAUAUGUGUGCCCAGCUUAAAUAACUUUGAUCUCAUGCGAAUAACCAAAUCGUUUAGUUGUGUUAUAAGACAGAAUUUUGCACUUUAAUACAUAUUUAUUACCUUAGUUUACAAAAUACUAAUAAUAAUAAUUUGUGCAAGAUUUAAUUACAAAAUGUAAUAUUUUCAAGAAACUAAAUAAUAUAAUUAAGAAAGGUCUAAAUGUUAAAUUAAUUUAAAUACAUUAAAAAUACAUAAUGUAUAAACUUGACACACAGAAAGGCUAGCUCAUCCUCAAGUGGUUAAAAUACAUUAGUUCAGUAAAAUUCAGAAAAAAAUAAUUGAUCUGUGCUAUCUCUUCCAUAUUAUAACAAACGUCUAGUAAACAAGUAUCAAUUAAAAAGGUGGAUUCUAAAUAAUUAAAACUCCGCAUACAGUAGAUAUUGUUUUGCAAGUUCAGUGUAAGCGAUAUUGAUGUAUCAUUUUAUCUCAAAAUAAUAUAUCUAUUUUGUCAACAAUUCUAAUAAGAGUUCUAAACGAAUUAUCACAAAAAAAAAGAAACUCUAUAAAAUAAUGAGUGUUCAAACUUGUGUCCUUUUAAGAUAUCUUUGAUAUCAAUUUUGACAUAUAUUUAUACACCGUGAAGUUUUCUUCGUCUUAAACCGGAAUCCCAAAUAAUGUACCCAAUGUAUAUUAUCCAUUAGUGUUAUUGUAAAAAAAAAAAAAACAAAGUACAAUUCAAGGAGUCACGAUUGUAACAAAUUUUCUAAAAUCGAUUAUUUUAAAAUAUCCUGUAUUUUUCAACACCUACUUAUUCGCCGCUGUGAGGCUCGUCGGUCCCUUUGAGGUCAUUCACUUUAGCCUAAACUAGGUCAAAGUUCAAUGACUUCAUACCUUCGAAACAGAACUAAACGGAUGUUUAAUUUGUUUUAAUAAAUUAAAAAAUGUUUUUUCGCUAGCGUGUGAGUUUGCUAGAGGUAAUUUUUAAUAUUGAUAGGGGAUUUCUUGUAUUGAACUAAUAACCGUCGGGGCGGCUUACAGACGGUGAAACUAGCACGGUGUAUAAUUAUCUUAUACUAUUAACCACGGCUUUGUAUAUAAUGCCUAAUGUAUAAAGACGUGAAACUUAUAACACCCCUUACAUUUACGUCUGAAUUUACCAGAUAAAAACAGGUUUCACUAUUACUAUGACUACGUUGGGUUGUGCUUUCUAAAAUACAAGCAGACUUUGACCGCAUGGAAACCGUAAACCAUGUCAUUUUUACUAUACUACACGUAUAAAUCUUCUCGAGACACUAUUGUUGAAAAUCGUAUUUAAAUCUUUUGCGCAGUUGAAAAAAUCUAAGCGUACAAACGCGCGAAGCGACUUUGUUUUGUACUGUGUAAAGACUAUAUGUAUUAUAUUGUACUAAAAGUAACUAACACGUUUAUUAUAUUUGACAACUAUGUAUUUAUAUAAUUUAAAUAUAUACAUUAUGCAUACAUAGGUAAUUUGAAACUGAUUGUACAUUGUAUUGAAGAUAAGCGGUGAAUAAAAUAAAAAUCUAGACUCCUUAUAGUAUUGAUCACAUAUUACAGCUGAAGACGAAUUUUAGUAUUAAUUACUGAAUUUGUAUAAUCUAAAAUGAAUUCAAGCUUUCGAUCUGUGCAAAAAAAAUUCAAUGUGUCUUAUUUACUGAUAGGCUUACUCCAAAACGAACAAAUCAUAUUCAUAAAUAAAUAUUCAUGUUUUUAACAAUAUUUGCAUUUAAUGAACUGCAAUAUAAUUUGUGUAUAGCAUAAAUGUCGUUAUCGUUGUUGGUCGUGUGCGUGUGGACUCCGUUGGACCAUCCGUCUCUAAUAUGACUGAGAAUUAGGUUCAAUUUCAUGUAAAUAUUAAUAUUAUAUUUAAACUAGUAUUUUGUUAAAGGAUUGUAUUGAUAUCUUGGGACUAAUGUUCCGAUGUUAGGGUAUUCCAUAAGGUUUUAGUUUUUAAAACGAAGUCCAUGUUAUAUUUAGUUAUUUUUUACUAAACCUUGUUCAUCGAAAAUGUUGUACUUGCGAAUUCAACUCAAUAAUAUCGAGGGUAUACUUCUCUCGAAGUUCGAAUAUGCCUGACACUUUCGACUUCCUUGUAACUGUAAGUUUAGUCAACAGUAUUUUUAGAAUUUCAUUUUAUUUUACGUCCCUAAAACAGAACCACUUUGCUACAGCAUUUUACCAUAGAAUAGGGAACAUGCUUGUUUUUUUUAAAUAUUUAGUUGAUUGAAAUUUAAUAAUAAAUUGUUGAUGAAAUUUAUGAUUUAAAUGGUACAAGUAAAAUCCCAGUAUAAAACAUUAAAGCAUUUAAAAUACCGCCAUUUUAGUGCGCUGAGCGACUGAGGGCUAUGACGUCACAAAUGCCAACAAUUUCACUUUUCUAUUGGUGGGUACCUGGACUUAUUAUAGUGGAAAAUUACGUCACUUUUAGAACGGGCCAAUAGCGAACGUUACGCUAUUAUAUGACUUUUUUAAUAAUUUAAACUGAGUAAAUUAAAAAAGAAUUAUGGAGUAUGAUAUAUGAAUACAUACCAUAUUAAAACAGUAUAACUAAAUAUGCCUUAUGAAACAAAUCACAUGCAUAUUAUAUACCCUAUUGGAUUGGAUGUGUUGCUCAACAUUUAAAUCUAAAACAUGACAACAUGAAAGUCUUUAUAAAUUGAGUAUUUCAUAAUGUAGUAACAAAGGACGAAUGAAUGAUGACAGUGUUCUAAUAUUGGGUAAUAUUUUUGCACCUAUCAAAUAGUCCUGCUUAAAAAAAUACCCAGCUAAUUUGGUCUUGAAAGUGGUUCUGUAAUAAACAUUAAUCAACAUUUGAGUUUUAUUACAAGAGAAAUAUCAUAUUUGUAUGACCAUUGAUAUUUUGAUACUUGAGUGCCAAUGUAGUGUUGGCAUAACUAUUAACUGUUAACAUGAAAGAAUACGGUAUAUUGGAAUGUUAAUAUGCUAAUAAUGCCUACCCAAGUAUACUUUACUGUGGGCGUCGGCAGGAAGGUGCAAAUGUAUCCUUUCAGAAAGGAAAAAGCAACGAAUAUUUUGUUUUAUUGUAGUCACUAUGAAGCAGAUUUAUCAAAUUUUUGUCCUGUAACAGUUUUCUGUAAAUUUAUAGGUGUUAACAGCAUAAAAUACCAAUUUCAUAUACUAAAGUAGUAUGUCUCAUCACUAAAUUGCGGUAAAAAUAGAAAUAAUUGUAAGUAUGCAAAAUAAACAAAGUUUGAUUGCGUAUUUUCUACCUUGCUUUAAGACAUUCGCAAUUCUAAUUAUUUUCCACAAUAUCGAGACAAAGAGAGGCUUUCUAAGGUGUUGAGAUGAAAAUUACAUUUUAUUCAUAAAUGUACCUCACUGAAUAUAUUCCUGCCGGCGCCUAUUUACUUUAUUGAUAUUGUGUUACUAAUACUUAUAGACAUGUUAAUGUUAGACAAGUUAGUUUUAUAAAUCCCGUGAGAUAUGCGCUGGGUGUGAACGAAUUUAAGUCUACCGGCGUCUGAGUGUUCCAGUGCAUCGUCAUGAAGAAUGGCCAUAGUGCGUGCAACAGUGACACAGUGAGUGAUGUGCGAUGCAUUUCAAUGAACGCUACCAAACGGUGUCCUUAGUUAAGCGUCCGCUCAGACCGACCGAAGGACUUUAUCGGACUUAAUUUUGUAAAUAUUAAUCGUAACACUGAUGUCUAAGUAGUAAGUUUUACUUAGGUAAGUCAGGUACACUGUUUUUUUACAAUAUCUAUCCUAGAUAUGGAAAUAAUUACGUAACUGUUGUAGUAUUAAAGCGAUAUAUUUUUUUGCCUAUUGUCAUUCUAAUAAUAAAUAUUGAUUGCCUCUUUAUUCAUAUACUUUUCGUAGCUGAAACGUCGAUAAUGCAUAAUACCGAUGAGCAUCUGAAUGUGGUCUUAGACAUCAGUGGUCUUGACACUAAUGAUGUCGGAUAAUUAUAGAUAUUUAUUAGAAUAUGGAUUUUAUAAUACAUAUAUCAAUUCGAUACAUUUCAAAACCGAUAUGCAUCGAUGUGACUCGAUAUACUUUCACAAAAUAUCGUAUGAAAAACGAAUUGUAUUGUAAGCCUAGCAUUGUAAUAAUUAAGUUCUACCGUUUUAAUAGUGUCAAUGUAGAUGUCAAAGGUACGGCGUAAUUAUUAAUAAUGUUCUAAGGUUUUUAAACAAUCGUAAAUGUAUUAAAUAUUUAUUUUAUUUUCUGUACAAACGUAAGAUUUUCCAGAUUCAUAUUUGUAAAUUGCUUGUGCUUUGUGAAUCAGCAUCGGUCAUGUUUAUAUCUAUAUGUCCAAAAUUAUAUUAUAUUCAUACGGUAUUUUGAAUGUCGAUAUCAAUCAACGAGAUAUUAUCGUGUAUCGGAUCUGCUAAUAGACGAUGUAUCGGUACGAAAAAAUAUUGAGCAUCCGAACCUAAGGGUGGCUUUCCACUAGAUCUGUGCUAGGUUGCGCGCCCAAGCAGGCUAAUUCACGAACUUUGACGUGUUAGUUGACUAAUACGAUAUUGAAAUUCUAUGUAACAAAUGAAUCCGGUGCCUACUGACAAUGCUUCGUGGAUGUCAUACAGUAGGCCUAUGACAUUUCUCAGUUGUGAUGUGUAUUUUAAAAGGUUGUUAAUAAAGACCAACUUAGUGACUAGGUCAGCGGAAAACUAUCAAUUACUAGUGUCCGACCGAAAGUUCAAUUUCGGUUUCGGCCAAAAAUCUAGUUUCGGCGACAGUUUCGGUUUCGGCCAACAUAGGCCGAAACUUUUGCCGAAACCGAAACUGAUUUCGGAAGUAGUCUUGCACGCUCGCCUAACUUCGUAUGUCGUGGGAAAGCUUUGGCAGAUAGCUCUGUACGUAGCAACAAAACUUAGUCAGUGCGUUAUCGCUCAACAUGAACAUUCUUUAGAGGUUAUGUUUUAAUUGAACUGAUUUUUUUUAUUUUUCUAAGUACAAAUACGAAAAAAAGAAUUAAUAAGAUUUCAUAUUACCAAUACUUAGUAUUUAAAAAAUCAGUAAAAAUUACAGUACCAGUAACAUUUUGCUUUUAUUUAAUAAUUUUAUACUUGACUAACUAAAACUGAAGCCACGGCCGAAUAUUCGGUUUCGGUCGGACUGUUUCAAUAACCUAGCUAAUCCGUGAAAGUGUAUUAACCAAGUUUAUUAGUUUUUUACCAAGCGCUAACACAAAUCGUUUACAUAGUCAAUGUUUAUCCACGCAAUAAUAUCCAACAAUGUGUUGAUUGUAAAAUGAAUUCCUUUUUCAUAUAUUAAUGCACAUUUACUAAAACAAACUGAUUAUCGCAACCUAGCACCGGAAUAGUGUGAAGGCGCCCUAAUACGCAAGGGGGGAACGGAUCGGUAGUUGUAGUAUAAAGGAAUUAGGUCAAAGCUUUUAAUGGAUUUAUAAAUUCUAAAUUUAAGGCAAAGGGAAGUGUGUUCCCUCCAAUAUGUGUAUAAUGAUAAAACUAAUAUAUGUAAAAACAUAAAUAGUUCUUGUAUCUCAACGAUGUUUUACUCGUUAUGUGAUCGUGUUUUUUUAUUGCAAUCUGUGUAAUGGGCUAGUUGACACUUUUUUUUAAAUGGUCUUAAAUUGAUCAUUAGCGUUCUAUUAGAUUAAAAAAAUAUAUCAUGUUUUUUUUUGAGACGUGAUUACAUGAAAAGUUUAAUUUUAAAAUAUUUUUUUGACAAUACGAGCCAAAACGCUGUCGGCCAUGGUGGUAUAUAUUUAAACUGUUUCAUGACGUCACAUUAAUGGAUUCUUUACCAAAUGUAGCGUUUGACAAAAAUAUUAGUAUUGACGUUUAGUACAUCAAGUACCUAACAUUGUGACGUCACAAAAUGGACGACAGCGUUUUGUACGUUUGAAAAAUUCGAAAAUACGUGACUUUUAAAUUAAGUCUUGUAAGAAAUCCUUAAUUUUUAUUAAUUGAUAUCGAUAUAUUUCGGACCCUUAUUCCAUGUACUAUACGAAAUUAUUAUUUUUAUAUUAAAUUUGAAGUGAGUCAACUAGCUUAUUGUAAAUGCUGGCCCAGUGUAGCUUAGCAUAUUAAAGAUAUGCUUUGUAACAGAAAAUUCAUUAUGCUUGCAUUGUUUUCUACGUCCAGUAUGUAUGAUUCCUUUGGCACAAUAAACUAAAUAAAAUGAAA